GAAAGGGUGAGGAAGCGAAAGAAAAGCAGACUUAUGAGGAGCGCGAGUAAAGGAAGGAGAGACCGAGAGACUGGGUGGGGACAAGCUGGUUUACUGCGGUUGUCAGGGCAGCCGCAAACGUCUGGGGUCCUGGGUCAAAGCCGAGAUAAAGUAACGUUAUUUUCUCCUCUUGUGCGCCCUCUCUUCCAUGGCAUUUCUGGAGCGUUCCCCUUGCUUUUCGAGGAGUACAGAGAGCUUCGCCUUGGCUUCACGCCGGAUGGGGCUGUACCUUCUAAGGGCCAAGUUUGGGGCUAAGUACUGGCAGGGGCUACAGGCGUCCCGGAAGUGCAGAGGAAAGAGAGAGGGAUGGUGUUGGAAAACGAACGGGAUUCAUUAGAGGAAUUGGAUUUUUCUUAAGAGUACCUGCAACGGAAAGGCAGUGGGUUUGAACUGUAACGACUGAGUUCUCUGAGGGAGAGGGAAUGAAGAGCGCUGGAAUACUAUUGAAGUCACUUGAAGAUGUUAUAGAAGGAAAGACAAUUCACUCUGGAGUAACCGAGCUACCAUGUUGUAGAAAUCCUCAGUCAACCCUGUGGAAAAGCUGACAUGCAAAUGUCAGAAUUUUGAACGUCAUGGGAUUUUGUUGAAGAAGUUUUAAAUGUCAUAAGAAACCUCCUUCACCUUCCCUGGAAUUCGGUGCUCUUUGUAAGACCAUGAAAAAGGUCACUUCCCCUUUGCUUGACAACACGAGAUGAAGACAGGGAAAGUUGUAAUGUUAUGCUCACCUGCUGGUGUGAGAGGCACAACCCAGUCCUGCAGUAUUUCAGAAUCUGCCUUCACUCCAUUCAAGCUGGAAGUUUUGAGCCUUUAAAGGAACCAGGAGUAUGCAGUGACCACCAUGGAAAGCCAUGUGGAGCAGUGGGGUAGGGUCAAGAACUGAACGAGAUGACCUGAACCAUUUGCUUCAUUACUCAGGUCUUCACAUUUUCUCAUUUGUAAAAUGGAAAUAAAACCUAUUGUAUCUACCUCAUUGGGUUGAUAUGAUAAUAGAAUCAGUUAAUGUUUUUAAAAACUUAAACUUUAUAUAAUUAUCAGUUUUUAACAUGAAGUAAAUGUAAGCUAAGUUUUUAAUUCUUGGUUAAUAUUUGCCUCUACACCAGUGUUUCAAGUCACUGAAGCUAUAGGAAUCUAUUAAAAUCAGUGCUAGCAGUGGGAGUAAUUAGUUUUUUCCAGUUAGUUUUUGAAUAUGAAUCAGCACCACCAUCCAUGGAAGGGAAAAUGACACUAUGUAACCUGUCAGACUUAGAGCACAGCAGGCAGUGCUGGAUAGGACCAGAAUGCUCCCCACCCCUUCCAGCCUCAAGACCUGCCUACCUGCACACAAAAGAUACUGAAAAUGUGUGUGCUGCCCAAUUCCUCCAUUCUAUACCUCAGGAUUGGCUAGGACUGCAACUAAAAUACUGUUUACCUAUAAUCGAGUUGAUAAGCUACAAUGUAAAUGUACGCAAGCUCCUGUUCUUGGCUUAUGGUAUGAAGAAUUUGCUCUCUUAUUUCCUCCUAAACAAUUUCAUGCAUGAUCCAGAACUCACUGUCUCUGGUCAGAAGAAAAGGUCUUUAAAGAAGAAAAAACCUCAGAUGGGUCUGCUGAGUUCUAAGAACCCCAAAAUGAAGCAAGCCCAUGUUCUUCUUCUGGGACUUGACUCAGCAGGGAAGUCUACUCUCCUUUACAAACUAAAGCUUGCUAAGGACAUUACAACCAUGCCAACAAUAGGUUUCAACGUGGAGAUGAUCGAGUUGGAAAGCAGCCUUUUGCUCACAGUCUGGGAUGUUGGGGGACAGGAAAAAAUGAGAACUGUUUGGAGCUAUUACUGUGAGAACGCUGAUGGGCUGGUGUACGUUGUGGACAGUACAGAUCAACAGCGACUCGAAGACUCCCGGAAAGAGUUUGAGCGAAUUUUGAAGAAUGAACACAUUAAAAAUGUGCCUGUUGUCCUAUUAGCCAACAAACAAGACGUGCCUGGAGCCCUGACUGCGGAGGACAUUACCAGAAUGUUCAAAGUGAAGAAGCUCUGCAGUGACCGGAACUGGUAUGUGCAACCCUGCUGUGCCCUCACAGGCGACGGGCUGACAGAAGGAUUCAGGAAAUUAACUGGAUUCGUGAAAAGUCACAUAAAAUCACGAGGAGACACUUUAGCAUUCUUCAAACAGAAAUGAGACAGUGGAAAGGUUGAAGACUGAAAAGAAACAUUGUUAAAGUUGAAACGGUAAUUCUUUAUUUUUCAUGUCAAGUGAGAAAAGCGCGUUACUAAGUUGGCCAAUGUUUCCUGAGAUGUUUUUUUCACGUAAAUUCAGUUAAAUAACUCUAGAAAAUAGUUAUUUUUAGCAAGAAACUUUAGCAAACUAUAUGGUAAUGAUCACUGAAAAUGAAUUUGUAUUUUGCAAAUUUUUAACAUGUUGGAUGAUUCAGAAUAAUCAUUCUUGAAUUCAGAUGAAUUAUGAUUUUAUUAAUUUUAUAUGACUUCUAGAACAAAGCUUAAAUAACUUGACUGCUAAUCAAGUCAAUUUUUUCAGGCAUUGAAUUUCCACCCUGAGAUAGCUGAAUGGUAUGAACAAUGAACUUUGUUGUGGAGAGGAAAAAGUUGGAUAUUAAUAUUUUGUAUAUCCUAUUCCCU